UCUGAUGGGCAAAAAAACUAUCUCCUCCGUCCUGUGCACGUUCUUGAUUAUCAUCGUCACUGAAGUCGCACGAGGGCCGUUCCCUCCCGCGCAACCUGAGCCUCACCGUCUCCCGCGGUCUGACCUCUACCAAGGUGACGCGAAGGAAGGGCCACCGGCCGCACCCGGCUCAGACGUAACGCGUGCGUGCGCGCGCGCAUGAGCGGACGUGCGUGUGCAGACGGCGGCUGCGCGGGCGGCCCGAGGCCUGGUGAAGCUCACACCGAGCCCCUGAAAGAAGUUUUCGGCUAUUGUUUCUUAGUCCUAUCAGCUAUUUAAACGACAGUGAUUACCUCCUGAACGUGUUGUGAUCUGUUACAGGAAUGUGUUUCUGAUCAUCUGAAUCUCAACCAUGUUGUCAAACUGCUUGCAAAAUUUAUUAAAAAUUACAAGCACUCAUCUAUAUUCAAGAUUAUGCCAGCGAUUAUUAGGAAGUAGAAGGUUUUUCGGAACUGUGCCAACGUUCAAAUUUUGUAGGCGGGUCGUCAUUACAGGCAUUGGCUUAGUGACUCCUCUGGGUGUUGGGACUCAGCUGGUCUGGGAUCGUCUUAUCCGAGGAGAGAGUGGAAUUAUUUCACUGGUCGGUGAGGAGUAUAAGAAUAUCCCUUGCAGUGUUGCUGCUUAUGUGCCAAGAGGUUGUGAUGAAGGUCAGUUCAAUGAACAAAACUUUGUGUCCAAAUCCGAUAUCAAGUCCAUGUCUUCUCCCACCAUUAUGGCCAUUGGGGCUGCAGAGUUAGCCAUGAAAGAUUCUGGCUGGCAUCCUCAAUCAGAAGCUGAUCAAAUGGCUACCGGAGUUGCAAUUGGCAUGGGAAUGGUUCCUCUUGAAGUUGUUUCUGAAACUGCUUUGAUGUUUCAGACAAAAGGUUAUAGUAAAGUCAGCCCAUUCUUUGUCCCUAAGAUUCUGGUCAAUAUGGCAGCAGGCCAGGUCAGCAUUCGAUAUAAACUCAAGGGCCCCAAUCAUGCGGUGUCUACAGCCUGUACCACAGGAGCUCAUGCUGUGGGAGACUCUUUUAGAUUUAUAGCCCGUGGUGAUGCUGAUGUGAUGGUGGCUGGAGGUACAGAUUCUUGCAUUAGUCCUUUAUCUCUUGCUGGGUUUUCCAGAGCCCGUGCUCUGAGCACAAACCCUGAUCCUAAGUUGGCAUGUCGACCAUUUCAUCCAAAGAGAGAUGGUUUUGUAAUGGGAGAAGGUGCAGCUGUGCUGGUGCUGGAAGAAUAUGAUCAUGCUGUUCAACGAGGGGCCCGGAUCUAUGCAGAAGUUUUGGGCUAUGGACUCUCAGGUGAUGCUGGUCACAUAACUGCGCCUGACCCUGAAGGAGAAGGUGCCUUAAGAUGUAUGGCUGCAGCUGUAAAAGAUGCAGGUGUGCAACCUGAAGAGAUAUCCUAUGUCAACGCACAUGCUACUUCCACCCCAUUGGGAGAUGCUGCUGAAAACAAAGCUAUCAAACAUCUUUUCAAAGACCAUGCACCUGCCCUUGCAGUUUCUUCAACUAAGGGAGCCACGGGACAUCUGUUGGGAGCUGCAGGGGCGGUUGAGGCAGCUUUUACUGCUCUGGCUUGUUAUUAUCAAAAACUACCACCUACUUUAAACCUGGAUUGUACAGAACCAGAAUUUGAUCUCAAUUAUGUUCCACUAAAGGCACAGGAAUGGAAAAUUGAGAAAAGACGUAUUGGACUCAGCAAUUCCUUUGGUUUUGGUGGUACUAAUGCAACACUUUGUAUUGCUGGCAUGUAGGACAAAUCAUUUGUAAUUAAACAUUGAUAUUUAAAAAAUAUUAUGAACUAUA